UCCAUUACCUUUCUCUCUCUAUCUCUCAAUCUAUCUCCAUAUCGUUCUUCAUUCUUCCCUCUCAUUCCGUUUUUGAAGCACAAAAAGUUACUAAUCUGCCGCCAUCAACACUUUUGAUUCUAUGUUUGUUGUAACUAGGAGGAAGAUUAUUUGAGGUUACGAACAAGAGAAGUGUAGAUAUGUCUUACAGGAACGGUGUUCAGAAAGGUACGACGAAGGUGGAUAGUCCGAUCUAUGCUACUUCAAGUCUUAGGAACUCUUCCUCCUUUAAAUCGAAGCCUGGAACUGCUAUUCGACGGAGUAGUUCUUCAUCUCUUGCUGGAGAUACUAAAUCCGUCCCUGGUAGAGUACGAGUGGCAGUGAGGUUGAGACCUCGAAAUUCUGAAGAACUGAUAGAAGAUGCAGAUUUUGCAGAUUGCGUGGAGUUGCAACCUGAGCUUAAGCGAUUAAGACUUCGAAAAAACAACUGGGAUUCUGAUACGUACGAAUUCGAUGAAGUGCUCACUGAAUAUUCCUCUCAAAAGCGUGUCUACGAAGCUGUUGUAAAACCCGUUGUUGAGAGUGUUCUAGAAGGGUACAAUGGGACUGUGAUGGCUUAUGGUCAAACUGGAACAGGGAAGACAUAUACCCUGGGGCAACUAGGUGAAGAAGAUACUUCUUCUCGUGGUAUCAUGGUUCGCGCCAUGGAGGAUAUUCUAGCAGAUGUUUCUUUAGAGACCGAUUCAGUCACAGUUUCAUAUUUCCAGCUGUAUAUGGAAACAAUCCAAGACCUCUUGGAUCCUGUAAAUAACAAUAUUUCAAUAUUCGAAGAUCCAAAGUCUGGUGAUGUUUCUCUACCAGGUGCAACCCUUGUAGAAAUUCAUAACCAACAAAACUUUUUGGAGCUCCUACGAGUAGGGGAAGCUCAUCGCUUUGCUGCUAAUACAAAGAUGAAUACUGAAUCUUCUCGCAGUCAUGCUAUCCUUAUGGUAAACAUCAAGAAGUGUGUCUUGGAAAGAGAUGCUGCUUUUCAAAACGAAAGUAAUAAAUAUUCAUACUCUGGCAAAUCCUUAAAGCCACCUGUUAUUAGGAAAGGAAAGCUUGUGCUUGUAGAUCUUGCUGGUUCGGAGAGAAUACAUAAGUCAGGUAGUGAAGGACAUACAUUAGAGGAGACAAAAUCUAUAAACCUUUCCCUUAGUGCGCUAGGCAAGUGCAUAAAUGCCUUGGCAGAAAAUAGUCUGCAUGUACCUGUUCGAGACUCAAAGCUUACUAGGUUGCUUAAAGAUUCUUUUGGAGGCACAGCAAGGACUUCACUAAUUGUAACCAUUGGUCCCUCUCCCCGUCAUCGAGCAGAGACAACAAGUACUAUAUUGUUUGGCCAAAGGGCUAUGAAGGUGGAAAACAUGUUAAAAAUUAAGGAGGAAUUUGACUACAAAAGUUUAUCUAGACGUCUGGAGAUUCAACUUGACAAACUCAGUGAAGAAAAUGAGAGGCAAAAGAAACUCGUUGAAGAUGAAAUUGAGAGAAUGACUUUAGAAGCUGAAAGUCGAAUAUCUGAGGCUGAACAAAACUUUGCCGAGGCACUUGAGAGGGAGAGACUGAAAUGUCAGAUGGAAUAUAUGGACUCCAUUAAAAAGCUUGAGGAGAAGUGGGAUCUGAAUCAGAAAAAAAUGGGCAAGAAUGGUUUUGUCAAUGGAAAUCAGAUUGGAGAGGGACACGUGGACUCUCUCUCUGAGGAAGUUUCUGAAAUCAAAAGGUUACUUCAGAAUGAAGUUAGUCUCAGAAAGGCUGCUGAGGAAGAGAUUGACAAGCUAAAAAAUCAAUUAACGGAUUCAACGUCAGAUGCAGGUGGAAAUGACUAUGUUGGGAAACUUCAAAAGAUGCUAGAAGAUGAAAGAUAUCAAAAAGUUAAACUUGAACAAGAGCUGAUGACAUUACAGAGUCAGUUAUCACAAUUGACAUUUGAAGCGGAUCAGGCUAGAGAGCGGCUUGAUGGAGGUGGAUGUGGGAAUGUUUCUAAUGGACCAGAUUCUCUAUCGCAUGUUGCACAGUCACCUUUCAGAGAGGUGGCUAAUGGACAAAGGACUCCCGUCAACAAUCUUCAUGAACAAGUUGGAUUGCAAAAGAUUUUGUCAUUGCUCGAGUCAGAAGACCCUAAUGUGCGGAUUCAUGCUGUAAAAGUGGUAGCCAAUCUAGCAGCUGAAGAACAUAAUCAGGAAAAGAUUGUGGAAGCUGGUGGUCUUACUUCAUUGUUGAUGCUUCUGAGAAGCACAGAGGAUGAAACUGUUCGCAGAGUAGCAGCAGGAGCUAUUGCUAAUCUUGCAAUGAAUGAGGUGAAUCAGGAACUUAUUAUGGUCCAUGGAGGGAUUAGCUUGCUAUCAAGCACCUCAGCAGAAGCUGAAGACCCUCAAACUUUGCGUAUGGUUGCCGGAGCUAUUGCUAAUCUUUGUGGAAAUGACAAGUUACAAAUGCGGCUGAGGUCCGAGGGUGGUAUUAAGGCAUUGUUACGAAUGGUAAGGUGUAGGCAUCCUGAUGUGUUAUCACAAGUUGCGCGUGGAAUUGCAAAUUUUGCCAAGUGUGAAUCCCGAAUAUCUACACACGGGAAUAAUAAUAAUAAUAAUAAUAAAGUAGUGAAGUCACUGUUGAUUGAAGACGGUGCACUCCCAUGGAUAGUACAAAAUGCAAAUAGUGAAGCAUCGUUGAUCAGGCGCCACACCGAGCUAGCUCUUUGUCACUUGGCUCAACACGAAGUGAAUGCAAAAGACAUGAUAAGAGGAGGUGCGCUUUGGGAACUGGUUAGAAUUUCACGGGAUUGUUCACGAGAGGAUGUAAGGACACUUGCUUAUCGAACCCUAAAUUCGAGUCCGACUUUCCAGUCUGAACUACGAAGACUGAGGAUAGAAGUUUAGGAUUAAAAACCGAUGAAGUGGGCUGGCUUUGUAAGUUAUGGUAAUUUUGUGGGUGGUGUAUGUAUUAGUUUUAUAUGAAGAAACUGAUGAAGGAAGAAGAAGAAGCAGCUAUCUGUUAUUAAUUAAUUAAAAGCGUUUUUGUAUGUAGUAUUUAACAGAUAAAAUUUUAAAUCAUUCUUCUGGUAAUUCUUUUGUUAGAAACUGUUAA